AUGUACACCUUCCACUUCCCUCCGGCCUACAUUCGCGAGGAGCUCGUCGUGCCGUACUUGGAACGCCACCUGGGGGAGAUUCGCCGCGAAGCGAUCGAGAAGCUGCAGCGGUCCGGGCUCGGCCACAACCCCGGCGACAACGUGGUGAUCUUCGUCAACCGCUCCCACCGCGACAUCCGCGUCCGCGUUCACAACGCGCAUCACGGCGAGACGCCCGCAAUCGCGGACACGGUCGGGCCGAGCUUCGGCGCGCUGGCGUUCGUCGACUCCACGUGCAUCAACGGCUUCCGCGCCGGGAAGGGCGAGGGCGCGCGCCUCAGGUCGAACACGGAGCUGCAGGUUGUAUAUUUGAAACACGAAGGAGCGUUCAAGGAGCUGUGGCCGGAGCCAAAGACGCUGCGGGCGUGCCGGUCGUGGGAGGAGAUCUCCGGGCACACGCCCCCGACGACGAUGCACAGCCCGGCCGGGUCCGCGGUCGAGCCGCUGGACCUGUCUCAGACGAGUGAAAAGAAGCUGCUCACGUCUGUCUGGAAAAUACUCUCCACGAGCGACCCGGCCGAGCUGACGCCCGUCGCUGCGUCGCGCGGGCGCGAGCGCGGCGACAAGGGGUUCGACGCCCCCGUCGGGGUGCGCCGUGGGCUUCUGCAUUAG